AUGGACGCCUCAGUGCCCAGCCUUUUUUACAAAAGAGCGUUUGCUUUGCUGGUUGAUCCGCUGAUGCUGUGUCUUUCGGGGCCCGCUGAAAAGGCACGGCGCCUCGCAGCCAGUUCUAUUUUUUUCUGCGAAGCAGCAGAAGUGGACGAAGCCCUGGGCGAAAUGCUGCGGGCGCUGACUGCCCGCUUUGGCUCCGAAGACAUUGAAAGAGUGCCUCCAGUGAUGCGCCCGGACCCUGAGUACAAGCCCUUGCUGCUGACGCCCAUAGGCAAGAGCGACGAAAUACGGCAGUUCAAGUUGCUGCAGCUGGUGCCGAACAUAAGUUCAGAUGAAGCCGUUUUAAGCCAGCAACUGUUGGCCGUAGACCCGCUGUGGACCGGCGCAAUGGAUGUGCGCCCUGAGGUGAAGUCUUUGGCUAUGAAGACCGUCGUUGAGUUUUGCAGUCGGCACCAAGCAUGCUGCUGCACUUCACUGAGCCGCUGGCGAGGUCACUUCUUUCCUGUGUUGUGCACCAGCACUCGCGAAUACUAA